UAGAUUGUUGUUCAAUGCUAUCAAUAAUGGAUAAUUCAUUAGCUCUUAAUACGGCCAUUGCACUACAACUCAUCGAAGAACACCUCUUCGACGAUCAUAUCCAAUCCCCGACCUCCAAAUUAACAACAGUUAGCGCAACAUCAUCAUCAUCUUCAUCCUCAUCCUUAUCCUUAUCCUCAUCUUCUUCCUUGUGUAGUCAACAAAAUUUUCAAACUUACUCAAAGGUUACCACCUUCAACAUUUGUUUUAGCAAUCAGGGUAAGGGUCAAAUUCAAAAUCGAAGUUGUUGCCAAUCUGACACCGACUCAUUCUUACAGUGUAUGCAGUCAUCAUUUCAAGAAGGUAUUGAUUAUGAUGAAACUUGUCAAUCACAGAAAGUUAAUACUAGAAUAGAAAGUACGAAAAAUUAUUAUGGUGGGAAUUAUAUAGGCGUGAGGAGAAGACCAUGGGGUAGAUUCGCAGCUGAAAUUAGAGAUCCUAAACGUAAAGGAUAUAGACUUUGGCUUGGGACGUAUACCACGGCUAUUGAAGCUGCUCGAGCUUAUGAUCGAGCAGCUUUUGAGAUACGUGGUCAUAAAGCAAGACUUAACUUCCCUCAUGAAAUUGGAGGUCGGUCAAUAACAAAUAUUAAACGAACUAAUCAAGAACAACAAUGUAUAAGUGCAAAAAGGCAAAGAAUUGAUGGUGAUGAUAAAGACGACGCACAAAGUUUUUCUUCUUUUGAUGAUAAUGACCAUGAUGACUUCUUUUAGUAAAAUGACCCUAUUAGCAACAAUUAGUAGCAUGUAAUCUUUAAGACCAUGUUAUCUUCAAUUUUAUUGAAAUAAUUUAACUUAUAAAAAAAAUUGUAUAUAUA